AGAUGGACAAGUUAGCCUUCUGCUUAUCUGUUCAUGGACUGAAGAAUAAGCUCUAUGAAUAUUUAUAGCGCAAUGGUCAACGUUGCUCUAUUAUUGUUUUGUCCAUAUAAGCUCUGGAACAGUGGUGAGUCAUAUAAUUUCCUUUCAGUCUUGCUUCUUUCCAAGGCUCUCUGUAACUCUAUCGCUAGCACCAUCUAAGCUUCCUCGAAAAAUCUUGCCUUUUUCCCACAUAUGAACGAUGUCCUUUGCAAAUAUCAAGAUGAAAAUGUGGAUGUUUAGUAACUGAUCUUCCCCUUCCAACCCCUCAAUCUUUUUUCUCUCAUACGUAAUGGAAGUUAUGACAUACACCAUCAACGGAAAACAGAGCAACAAAGCAGGUUUCCAAAUCUUCACUCUCCAAAAUUAUCAUUUUGGUUCGCUCCCACAACUCGUCCCCCCGGUUUUCGUCUUCUGCUCCGGAAUUAAUAUCAAUAGAAGAUCUGUGACUAUGGUUUACUGCUCUUAUAAUUCGGUCUCUUCAUCUGGGUCUGAUGUCUCGAGGCUGUUCGAUCCAACUUCGCAUAAAAUUGUUGACUCUAAUGGGGUUUCACAGAGUAGGCUGGCGUCACCGAAUUCGUUGGUCUUGAAUAGUCAGAAGGGGGAUCUAAUUAAUUUCCCUAUGAAGAUAGGAAAGAAAGAGGCGUCGGAGGCAAAAGCUUUGGCUGCUAUGAAGAACCACAGUGAAGCAGAGAGAAGAAGAAGGGAGAGAAUAAAUGGUCAUCUCGAUGCACUUCGUGGUCUUGUGCCCAGCAAUGUGAAGAUGGAUAAAGCAACGUUAUUGGGUGAAGUUAUCAACCAAGUUAAGUUACUGAAGAAGAAUGCAAUGGAAGCAAGCAGAGGUUUUCUCAUCCCAAUGGAUGAUGAUGAAGUUAAAGUUGAACCAUACAACGAUGAAGGAAGAGGAGGAUCAAUGUUUUACAUGGCAUCUAUAUGUUGUGAUUACCGGCCGGAGCUACUAUCUGACCUAAGACAAGCUCUUGAUGGGCUUCAACUGCAAUUAAUGAGGGCAGAAAUAUCAACUUUGGGAGGAAGGGUGAAGAAUGUAUUUUUCUUUAGGUGCUGCAAAACAGAACAUAUUAAUAUUGGGGCAUGCCAACUUGUUCCAAGUACUGUCCACCAGGUACUAAGUUCUGUACUGGAGAAGGCUUCUAGCUCACUGGAACACUCCUUGGGAAUGUCACUUCGAAGUAAGCGUAGAAGACUUUGCUUCAUUGAAACAUCAACUUCCUCAUGAA